AUGUCGACGGAGGCGCCUUCAGUGGAGGCUAAGGCCCCGACAAACCUUCCACGGACUGUUCCCUUCUGGCGAUUAGUCACUGAGCCCGGUGUCGUCACGCAGGAAGUGGUAGAUCAUGACUAUGCGGGAUCUGGCACCGAGGAGGAUCCUUACGUGGUGCAGUGGAUGCCCAAGGAUUUCCGGAACCCUCUCGAGCUGAGUACUUUUAUGAAAUGGUCUAUCACCUUGGUGGCCGCCCUCGAGACCCUGGUGGUCGCUCUGGUUUCCUCGGCCUAUACAGGUGGUAUUGUGCAGAUCGAAGAGCAAUUCCUCGUUACCACUGAAGUUGCAACUUUGGGUGUUUCACUAUACGUGCUGGGCUUUGCCUUGGGUCCUUUGCUCUGGGCACCGAUGAGUGAAAUGUUCGGUCGUCAGAUUGUCUUCAUAGGAACCUACUGUGGCCUGACCAUCUUCUGCGCCGCUACAACCGGCGCAACAAACAUCCAGUCCUUAUUGAUCUUCCGUUUUUUGGCCGGCGCCUUUGGCUCCUCUCCCUUCACCAACUCCGGAGGUGUGAUCGCCGAUAUGUUUGCGGCUCGUGAGAGAGGUCUGGCUCUAUCCGCCUUCGCUCUGGCUCCCUUCCUGGGUCCGGUCAUUGGGCCUAUCGUGGGCGGCUUCUUGGGCAUGGGGGCCGGAUGGAAGUGGGUGAUGGGCUUGUUGACCAUUCUUUGUGGUGUGAUGUGGUUCAUCGGCGCUGCAUUCAAGCCGGAGACUUAUGCACCGGUUCUUCUUCGCCAGCGUGCGCUCACGCUUUCGAAACUCACCGGCAAGUUGUAUAUCAGCAAGCUGGACCUUGAUCAGGGUCGACCGGCCAUGAAGGAGGUCCUCAAGACAUCUAUGUCGCGGCCUUUUAUCCUGCUCUUCUGCGAGCCCAUCGUGCUGCUGCUUUCUAUCUACCUCGCCAUUAUCUAUGGAACACUCUACAUGCUCUUCGGUGCAUUCCCUAUUGUCUACGAGAUUCACCGAGGUUGGAACCAAGGUGUUUCUGGCCUGGCCUUCCUCGGUGUUAUGGUGGGAAUGCUGGGCGCAAUCGCCUAUUCUAUUCCCGAGAACACUCGUUACGGUAAGCUUCUAGCGAAGAACGGAGGCUAUUCGCCGCCGGAAUCUCGUCUCCCUCCGUGUAUGCUGGCCUCGAUCGCUCUGCCUAUUGGGCUCUUCUGGUUUGCCUGGACCAACUCCCCGUCCAUUCACUGGAUGGCCAGUAUCGCGGCAGGUGUGCCUUUCGGUUUCGGAAUGGUCUUGGUCUUCCUCAGCGUCUUCAACUACUUAAUUGACGCCUAUACUAUCUUUGCCGCAUCUGUGCUGGCUGCCAAUUCUUUGCUCCGGUCUUUGUUCGGUUUCGCUUUCCCUCUGUUCACCACCUACAUGUUCCAGAACCUUGGGAUCCACUGGGCGUCAUCUGUGCCGGCUUUUCUGGCGUUGGCCUGUGUGCCUUUCCCAUUCAUACUCUACAAAAAGGGCCUUGCCAUUCGGAAACACUGCAAGUACUCUGCGCAGUCUGAGGCAUUCGUCCAAAGUCUUCUGCGGGCCAGUGCUCCUGCAGCGGAUUGCGAAGCCGAUGACUCAACUAUGAGUGAACAAGCUGCAACCCGCGUGCUUUCGGAGGAUAUGACAGGCCCCGAUGAAGCCGCCAUGCAAAAGCAGAGCACAUCCGAGGUACAGUCGAUUCACCGAUCGCUAUCGCGCGCGUCGACCCAUGCGGCGGAGUUGCAACGCGUUCCGACCUAUGAGGCGAACCCCUACAAUAUCGACCGCGUGCACACUCGUGAAUCCUUUAAAUGA